GCUCACUAGGACUGGGAGCAGUGAGAUUCGAAGCUGGUAGAUAAUGAUUUUGCUGUUGCAUUCUUUGGGAGACAAGACUUGCGCUUGACUAAACCCACUGGCUCCUGAUUGUAAAUCACUGGCCACUCACGGGAAGAUGUUUCCAGGAUUAAAUCAGUUAGGUGCUAUUUUCCAAGAGGUCCAAAAUCGAUUGUGGGACUGCUUGGUUUUCAUUUGGACAGUCUCUUGUGAUCCAGGGAACUCAUUAAUCGAACUGUUCUAUAUCUCGUACGACUUGCUUAUCAAUCAACUGGAGGAUGCCGACAAAGAGCCGGCGGCUGCCUUAUAACGAACGCUUUGGUUAAGACAAGUUGCAUUGAUAACCUGUAAGGACACGGACUGCAUUUAUUGACGUCUACUUCAAAUCACUUUCACACCAGAUUUAUCCUGCCAGUUGUGAUCGUACUCUUGGGUCUUGGACCAAUCACCGACCUCCGCGCUGGAUCCACGUUUAAUGUGACGUGGAGGCUUGGAUCUCCAACACAUGAUGGUGGCUUUAUGCUACAGAUCUUAAGCCCGAAUGGUACCAUUAUCACAACCCUGACCAGAAAUAGCACAAACUACGUCGGAACAGGUGACAACACUGAACGAUAUACCGAGAGAUAUGAAGUAAAGCUCCCCCAAACUGAAUGCCUCAACUGCUCGAUACGACUCCUAAGGCAGGCACUUGAAAAGGGAUUCUACUUCUGGGCGUGUGCAGAUGUCAACAUUAAAACAGUUGGCUACACGGAGAAGUGCUCCCUGCACGGUCGGCUCUUGAAUGGAGAAUGCCAAUGCGAUUCCCUUUACAGUGGUUCUGUGUGUCAAUACAAAGAUGAGUGUUGGAAAGACACGGACUGUAACAGCCACGGCAGCUGUAUAGACAGGAAAUCACGGGCCUACCCCAAGAAAGUAUGCUACUGUAAGAAGGGCUGGUACGGAUUGUUGUGUGAAAAAGAGUCUCCAAUGAAAGAUAUACCGGGUAGCUUUGUGGGUUACAACCAUGUUGAAAUCCGACCGGACGUCAUCGAUAUCUUCUGGAAGAUGCUCAAGGACGAGGGUCAAGUAGAGAUCAUUAUGAGGAUGAAGACAACCAGCUGGGUAGCUGUUGGAUGGCGCCAUUUAGACGUAAAAACCAAUCUGUCGUGUAUGAACUAUCCAACCCUUCAACAGCCCUCUGAACUUCAAACCACAGAGUUUGGUGGGACGCAGCAAACAGUUCAGAAACCAGGGAGAAUCCACCCUAUGAGCUGCAAUGACAUUGUCAUGGGUUACGUGCAGGGUAAUCUUAGCUACAUCCAUGACUACUUCACCCGCGAACAACACACGCCUCAGCUGGAUACAUUCUUCGGAGGAAAAGAGGAUCUGACGGGUGCCGUCGGCCACGAGAGGUCGGAACACACAUUCAUGGGCUUUAGGAAAAAGCUUAAAGCUACGGAACCAACAGACAAGAGCUUUGUUGACGAGGCGCUCCACGUGAUCUGGGCCCGUGGACCACAGAUCUCCAAGAUGAACGUCCAACCACAAGACAAGAACUUCCAGGCGAUGAAUCUGUACGCGCCUUACUAUGCAAAUGGGGAUGACGACGCCAUGUACCAUCUAAAUGAUCGUCUGCAGCGUGGGAAGCUGCAGCUGAAUUUCUUCAAGGCCUCUCCUUACAAGGAAAUCAUGGACACAACACACAGAGGAAUUCGCUCGGAAACCCAGCUAGGAUGGGAGCUCACCAUCGGCGUCCUAUUCGGUUCAUUCGGCUUUAUGAUCUUCGUGACAAUCAUUCUCUUGUGCUGCAAGGUCGACUUGGCCAAAACCACUAACCUUAUGGAGAAGGAGAGGAAGAGGAAUGCACUACGGAUGGACAGGAAGGUGAAAGUGGUCGCGUUGGAAGAGUUGGGCGAGACGUCAAAGACACCGGUUGAGACAACUCUGGUUAUUGGAGGUGGUGUUCUAAUAGAGAGCGACAAGGGGGAUACACCUCUGAGUGAAGUGGCUGUGGGAAACGGAGCCGCUUCGGAAGGCAGCAGUGAUAUUCAGCCAGGCCCUGUAAAGUCUACUCAUACUAGUGUGGAUGUAAUCAGUAUUGAAAGUGAAGUUCAUUCACCGCCGAAGGGUAUGGUCGGUGAGGGACAUAAUGAUGAUGUAAAUGAAGCAUCUGUGCAUGUCAUGAUAGCUGACGCUCAUAAGAUUCAUCAUGAAAGUGACCAUGGGGAGCCACCGGACGAAAUAUUGGAUGAAUUGAGUGCAGAGACAUCUGUGGUUGAUCAGGCAAAUGAGGAAGAUGUCGUGGUCGAUGAACCGCGAGAAGAGGCGGCCGCGGGUGAGUCGAGAAGUUUGGUUGAUCAGGUAAAUGAGGAGAAGGAUACACGAGAGACGGACUCGGUCGCAUCGGAUGAGUCAAAUAGUGAACCUGUGACAUCUGAUGACGAGUCUGGCUCAGCUGAUUCAAGUGAUAGCGAAUCACAAACGAUGUUUAUUGUGAAUGAGGGUGAAGGGGAUCGUAGUCUUCCGGGACUCGGAAUUGACAGCCAGCGGGACAAUGCAAUCCCAAGUGACAGGCUUGGGGAAAGUGAUGUGGUGGCCGUGCUUGAUGGUCUUGAAGAUGAGGAGGAGAUAACACAGUUUUGAAGAAGGAUUUGCUGCCAUGGUACUUAUCAAACACUUUGUUUGUAUUCUCUAGUUUAUAGAACUCUCUGAGUAGUGACAAAAUGGUCCAUGUUUGGCUACAUCUGUGAUUGCAAAUCGCUACAACUUAGUUAUUUGAGAACCUCUGGUGCCAGUCCGUUUAGGGACAAUGUGUGAUGUGCUUUCAUACGUGCAUGUAUAUACUGAUAUACCAAACUAUUUAUUAAGUGAUUGCUUUGGAGUUGUGAUACAACAGCAGUAUUUAUUUCUACGUAUUCUACUGAAGUAACAUUAGUGUCCCGGUUGUGACGUUUUUGGUUGUUCCCAUAUCUUGGUGAUUCUGUACAAGGCAGCUGGAGAGACCAUACCUUUUCAAAAGGGGGACACAGUGGAAAACGUGUUAAUCAGUCUUUCACCAUUAAGCAGUGAGGGGAAACACUCAACACGUUACACCGGUUGUAGUUUAAGCAAGUUACAUUUUAUUGCGCAGGAUCUAGCUUAGAGUAACAGUGUACUUGUAGCUUGUAUUAUGUACAGUGGAACCUCCCAUAGCAGACACCUCUCCAUUAAGGACAACCUCUCUAUCAAGGACACUAGGUUUGGUCCCAAAUUGGUUGUUUUCAUUCCAUUUGACCUCUCUAAUGAGGACACCUUUCUAUUAAGGACAGCCCUUGUCAGUCCCGAGGAUGUCCUGAAUAGAGAGGUUUUACUGUAUUUUUGCAUUCAAGACAACUUUCAAUUGAAGUGUGAUUGAUUGUGUAUCGAAAUACAAUUUUUCAAAUGGUUAGUGUCUGACUGAUGGUUAAAUAAACCUUAUCUUGAUUAUUGAA